AUGCAGACAUGUUACAUUCAACUGCAGAAAACUUCACAGAGAGACGAAAAACAUCAGAUAUUUCUCCAUCUGUCUAAAUUACUGACCUCGUCUUUGGAAUUAAUCCGAGGUCGUCAGUCGUUACAUUUCACAGCGUUAAGUACGAUCAAUCGGAUUAUAGAUAUGUGUAUAGUGCACAGGAAUUAUGAAUACGGCUCCGUUACAAAAAGUGCUGAUUUUGACACUCCGGCUGAUAACAAGGAUAUAUGGCCCUCUACUAUCAAACGUAAGGAGCAAGGAGUUGGCAAACAUGAGGAAAGUGGACAAUCCACUCUUAACAGAAUUGCCUCACUUCAUAAAAGGAGAACGAGUGUUCAUGAUACGCAUGCGGAUAAACAUAACGAUGAGGAGGAAGAUGGAAAACAUUGUCCUCUUCAUCAAAACAGGACACCGUUGGAAAUUAUGAUGUCGAUGGACCCUAGCUGCCUCAUGUCGGUGUUACAUAAUAAUAUUACUAUGCAUAAACGGAUUAUCGGUACCCGCCAAAAGUGCACUCCUUCCGUCAGGUGGCGCCACUGUACGCAUCAUUGUUUACAGAUUCUAAGUGCCCGGAUUGUUACUGUGAUGUGUCAUGGAAGUAUUGUGCAAAACAAAAUAGUGAGUGGUGGACAUGUUCGGACUUUAGUUGAAGCCUUAGAUCCUAACCAUGAUCCGCACUUACUAUGUUUAUUACUACAAGCUCUGGCCUGUAUCGCCUUAAAUCCAGCAUUUCACCAAUGUCUACAUGAUGCGGAUAUCGCUGACAUGUUGAUGCAAUUACUGCUCCCAUCUGACGAAUGGUACUAUACCAACCACAGUACUAAGUAUGCCAAAUUUGUGAAGUACCAUGCAGCAAGAAUAUUGGUGUAUAUGGGGCUGCUUCACAAACUGGGAGGACGGGUCGAUCUUUUUGAUAGAAAACCAUUUCAAGAAUUGAACACGACGGGAACCACGAACUUGUUACAGGUUCAUUCUCCUGAGGACAGUUUUAUUGAGUUGAUGGCAAUGGGGCAUAUCAUCAUCUGGAGUCCUAAUCACACCCUACAUGCAGCGUCUUUAGAGGGGUUAAUAGCCGAAAUUAUUCAAGAGGCGAUAGAGGAAGAAAAAGAAAAUCAAAAUCCAAUCAUUCAUUUAUCAGGAUCCGUGCCAAGUCUGUAUGCGGCUUCCGAAACCGACUACGGCCCACGACUUCGAACACGGAUCAUAUCACCUAUGGCGUCUUCCACGGAUUCUUUUGAUAAACUUAAUGCGUUUCAGAACGCAACCGUAAGAGAAUACAUCUUUACUGCGUUACCCAUUGUCGCUCAUCCCAUCAUCGUUCUCCGACUGAUUGCACAUAAACUCUUUGGAAAUAUGAUCCGUCGCAAAACCAUGUACUCGGACGCCAAAUUAAAACCUCCGAAAGUGGAACGUUUGGACGCAUGUCCUCCACGACGGGACACUAUCAGUGAGUGCUCAGGUGAUCCGUUGUCUAAAAGACGGAAGGCGGAUUUACAAGUUGUGAUUUCGAACCCAAUAGAUCAUAGUGCCCCGCAUAUGACAAAAUCUACCAGUGUUCAAGAACGAGAACUCCAUAAUAAAGUGAACAAUACCAAUAAAAACGGAACGACCAAAUACGCUUUACGUGCAAUAGGAGAGAGCCUGGUGACGCCGCUUGAUCUCAACAUACACCAAAGCCAAAACUCAGAACCAUUGAUAGACCCCAGUGAUUCAAUAGAUCCCAAAGCAUCCUCAUCCAAAAAGCUCUUUCGUUGGCCGAGCAAACGUCGGUUGUCCAAACCAAGCAUUGUGCAUCAACAAAGCGUUCAUCGCGAUAGCAUCGUUAGUAUUGAUGACGAGUUCGUUUCAAAGGAGCCGGAGUCGUUAGGCCAGGAUGUGGAUAUUGUGGCCUUUCAAAGAGAACUGAUCAACCUUCCAACGUUUGUGAUGGAGACGCCGCCCGUGGAUAUUUCUCCAGUGUUUUCGCGGUCUAGCUCAGUGCCGGAUAAUCUAGCUUGUCGUACUGGUCGUACGGACACAGUGACCAUUAAUGGAUCAUUCAGCCAAAUUGCUAUCAGUGGAAUGGAUCUGGAAUCUAAUCUGGAUCAGUCAAAGAAUGCUAUAGUGACUCCGCCUCAAUCCUUGGAUCAUUUAGUAACUGGAUCAUUAGUUACCAUAACAACUACGGACUGUGAUAAUAAUAUUAACAAUAUCCCCAUGGAUUCGUUGGAUGAUUCGGAUUCCCUCGUCGAUAACGUCCCAACUAAUAUCGUGGUGCAUUUUGAAGCUCCGAGCUCCCCGCAACCUUCUACCGGAAGUCAGAGCUCGCAGCAUGUUGUGUUCGAAUACCCGCCCAAUUCAGUGUGUAUGUCCAUUCCGAAUUCAUCCUCGUGUUCACAUCUUCUUCCAAAUUCCGAUUCCUUAACCCUUUCGAGUCCGGUUCAGUCUCAGCCCCAAUCGUCGUUCCCAUCUCAGCUGUCUCCGACCGCUGUCAGCCAUUGCAGUUCCAUUUCUUCUCAGUGUACGGCUAAAAGUAGCAGCCCAUUAAACAGUCCUUUUGAAAUUCCUUACACCCACCGCGGAAUAUUGAAAGUGAUGGAAACUUGGAUAUCUGUGUGUAGAGUGGAUUUAGAUGGAAAUAACGUGAUUGCUAUGGAAACGCGAGACUUUCUGAAGAAACUGUCCAUAUUAGGGCACGAUUACAAAUUAUGGUGCCAAAAAACCGGAGCAUUGCUACAUUUAGAGGAUUUAAACACUGGAGAUAGUCAUGAUAAAGAAAUUGAUGGUGCUGACAAUAUUAAUGGACAAUACUCAAAGGGGCAUGGUCACAUCAAACAUAGGUGGAUCAAUUCUUUUAGAGAGAUUAAAUCAUUAUGGUUUACAUUUGUUUAUGGAGUACCCAAAGACAUCGAGUAG